AUGCCCAGUGGUAUGUCUUCAUCGGUGUUCAGUCUUCGGCCGCCACUCAGGAAAUCUCUCACAUCAUUGAAUUGCAAGAACUCUUCCCUCAAAAAGGAGUUUGUGGCUCAUGGGGCGAGUGUUACGUGUCUGGCGUUGGGCCAGAAGUCGGGUCGAGUGAUGGUGACCGGCGGUGAGGAUAAAAAAGUAAAUCUGUGGGCGAUUGGCAAACAAAACUGUAUUAUGAGCUUGACCGGUCACACCACUGCAGUCGAAUGCGCCAAAUUCAGCCAAAAUGAAGACUUAGUCUGUGCCGGAUCUGCUUCUGGAGCCCUCAAAGUAUGGGAUUUAGAAGCGGCCAAAUUACUUCGGACAUUAACGGGACAUAAAACGAAUGUCCGGUGUCUAGACUUUCACCCGUACGGAGAUUUUGUGGCCUCCGGUUCCUUUGACACUAACAUUAAAUUAUGGGAUAUACGCAAAAAGGGUUGUAUGUAUACCUAUAAGGGUCACUCCAAAGAUGUUCACUGUCUUAGGUUUAGUCCUGACGGCCGAUGGCUGGCAUCGGGUGGAGACGAGGGAUCUGUUAAGUUAUGGGAUUUACCAGCCGGUAAAAUGUUGGCCGAACUCAAAGAGCAUACCGGUGCCGUCACUGACGUAGCCUUUCAUCCAAAUGAGUUCCUAUUGGCGAGUUCUAGUGCCGACGGAACCGUCAAAUUCUGGGAUUUGGAGAGCUUUCAACAGGUGUCGAGUACUGUGAACGAUGCCGGGCCUGUCCGACAAAUCAUCUUCCAUUCCGACGGAAAGGCUAUCUUUAGUGGAGCCCGAGAUGUCUUAAAGGUGUACGGGUGGGAACCGGCUCGAACUUUUGAUACCCUGAUCAUGGGUUGGGGCAAAAUCAGUGAUUUUUCUGUUUGUGAUUCUCAACUCAUUGCCGGAGGUUUCUCCCUAACAAACGUUUCUGUAUAUGUGGUUGACUUGAAAAAAGUACAACCAUUUGGAAAUCCCAUUCCAUCCAAACAAAUCUAUUCAAGAGACACCCCUUCCAGGUCAUUAGAGUCGAACCGAAGCGAUGAGGCGGAGACGGGAACGUCCGAUGGGGACGAGUCAUCCCUCGCAGAGAUUAUGAAUAUCGGCGACUAUAAGGAGAUCUUUCAGUCCAGAAGAGAGUGUAAGCCUCGCAUCAAUCAUCUACAACGAAAACAUAGCGAUCCAAACCUUGUGAACAGUUCUUCGCCAUUCAGCUCAUUGUCUCAAAUAAACCGUUCGCCACAAGUGAUGGCAAAUAGUCGUUCGUUAGCGGAAUUGGCGUUCAUUCCAUCGCUCACUCCCGAAGUCCCAUCCCAUCCACUCAAGUCGUCUUUCAGAGAACCGCUUCCAUCGAUUCCACAUCAGUUGCAACCAUUGAAAUUGAAUUCUACUCACAAUAACACCAAUAACUUUGUAAAGUCCACAUCCGCCACAGCACUGAACCAAUUAUCUCAUACCCCGAUCAGCCAUUCCAUCAAUAAUUCCAUUAGCAGUUCUAAUAAUAACAAUCAUUCCGUCAAUAAUUCCUUCACAAAGAAUCCCACGAUUCCUAUUAACCAUAACAGCCAUCGGAUCACGAAUUUAGUACAUCCGCGUCCUUCUGAAACUGUAUCUAUAGUACGGCCUGUGGUUAACGACAACUGUAAGCCCAUCAACGCAUCGAUUCUCAGUACAAAUGGAGUCCACUCUCAACAAAAGGCUGCCAUUGUUUUCCCUGAAGCGCGGUCUCCGCCCUCGCCCUUAGACGCGCCCUUAGAACUGAUUCCCGAGACCCGCGACCACCCGGCGGGCCUCGAUUUGGACGAAUUCCUACCGAAGCACUUGCAGGACACCAUGCGGUUGGGUAUUCACCCCCAACCAGAAAUGUCUGAGUCUGAAGCCAUGUCCGCCAUCAUGAGAGGACACAAAUCCAUAGUCACUGUAUUAUCUCAUCGGCGGAAAAACAUGUGUAUAAUCCUCGCGAUGUGGAGCUCUAAGGACUCUCGCAAUGCACUCGAACAGGCCAUCCAUAUGGAGGACCAGUCUGUGAUCGUCGAUAUACUCAAUGUGAUCACUUUAAAGCCAGCCGUCUGGACUCUAGACAUGUGUCAGAUUCUUCUUCCUUGCAUUCAAGACCUGCUUCAGAGUAAAUAUGAAAGCUACAUGUCUGUGGGUUGCGCUGCCCUGAAAUUAAUACUAAAACAAUUUGCGCCGACAAUCAAAACCAACAUAACAGCGCCGCCAGGAAUUGGUGUCGAUAUAUCCAGGGAAGAGAGGUACAAUAAGUGCAUGGGUUGUUACAAUCACUUACUCUCCGUCAGAGCCUUCAUAUUAAAGCGUCAGACACUUCAGGGCAAACUCGGCCGCUCUUUCCGCGAGCUAUCAAUUCUGAUGCAAAAUCUUGAAUGAUAUCCAAUCGACCACUUCAACAUCAUAUUGAAUAUCAGCUUUUAUAUGGAAAUCUAUUUUCAUAAGUGUUACGAUUAACAGCUCAUUGAGUUUCAAAUCCGUCCGCGGCUUUCAAGUAUACCUUUACUUCCAAUGGAUUGUCUGUUUGGGAUAUAAAGUGUUUUGUGAUAAAUGCACAAUAAUUUGAUGAAUAUAACUGUGAAUUUGUAAUAAUAAUUUUUCAUGUACUCAGUGGCUGUUGACUGCCAUUUAGUGCCAUUCAUUGCCAUUAUUUUUGAAAAUUGCUUUCAUGUGUCAACCAAAAC